GCUAAUUUCGUAAAAAGAAGAAGAGGAAAACAAAUGUUGGAAAGCCAAUUCUAAGAAAUAACAAAUCUAGUAGAAAUUCUUGUGGUGUUUUUCUCAUUGAGUACUUGAGCAUAUCGCACCGACAACAAAACUCUUGGCAAUCUGGAAUACCUGCUUAAUAGAUUAACUGGAGAUGUGUGUGGUCAUAGAUUUGGAUGUUGUUUGUCUGGUGUGUUUACAUCAUUCAGCCCAAAUGCACAGUGUUUUUUCCCCAGGCGAUGAUGAUGCUGGGGACAUACAAAUUGCUCAAAAGAUAUCGACCCUCUCAAAGCUAAAAUUAGAUGCCAACAAUGAGAGUUUGCCUGACAAAAUUUGCGAUAGCUGUCUGCAGGACUUGACUGCCGCUUGGAGGUUCCACAGAAAUUGUCAAACUGCUGUGGCUGUAUUUCAAAGUAUCCUAAAGCCAAUAGUUCAAAAGAAAGUGGAACCACCGGCACCGGUGGAAGAGCUCGCAGUGGGAACAAAGGAAAAUACAGUGAAGGAAGAGCUUGAACAAUCAACGGAAAUAAACAGUUGUGCAGACGCCGACGAACAGUCGGAAGAGAAGGAGGAGGAUGCCAUCGAUGAAUCCAUAGAGAAUCAUCAGGAAAUGUCUGCAGAAGAAUGUUCUCCUAUAGAAGAAGCUGACGAUGAAUUUAUGGAAAUGAACCAAAAUAUUGCAGUGGAUAAUGAUGACUACCAAUCGGCUGUCGAAACGCCAGAAGAGGAAUCGGAAGUGAUCGAAUACUACGUAACUGAAGACGGGCUGCAUGAAAUCACUUCAAAUGAAGAAAUUCAAAACAGGAUAACUGCAUCGAAUGUUGAACAUAAAAAAGAAACAUCAACGAUUGCAUCAAAAAAACUCGUCAUGAAUUCUACGCGAUCUACAACGACAUCAAGGGCCUGGCCAUUUGUCUUGAAAAAGACUACGCAAAAAGCAGAGGCUCCAAAAACUGCUACAACACGAUCUAGCCAACAAUUACUACGCAACCAAAAACUAUCCAAAGUGGGAAAUACUUCGGCGAUUGAUACGGGCAAAGCUACUCCAAAGCAAGUAAAAGAAAGAAGUCAAACGGCCACACAGCUGACAGUCCAAUGCAUAAAGGGCCAGCAGGAAAAGCAAAAUGGGACUCAACUAUCUGUAGAGAAGCCUGUGGUCAAGUCAGCUAGGAAGCGCAGAGCACCUUUGCCCCUGGAUGCAAAGCCUCCUAAAAUAUGUGAGAUUUGUGGAAAUUCAUAUCGCUUUCAACAUGCGCUCAAUGCCCAUAUGCGCCGCCAUUACCAAGAUAAACCGUUUCCAUGCGAAAUGUGUGAAAAGGCUUUCGUAUCAAAUGUAGAGCUGCGUCGCCACAUGAGAGUCCACACCGGACAUAAACCCUACGGCUGUCAGUAUUGCGAAAGACGAUUUUCCGAUUUCGGUUCCCGCAUCAAACACGAGCGCACUCAUACUGGAGAAAGGCCUUACGUGUGUAAUACUUGUGGCAAAGCAUUUGCCUAUCCCCACGUGUUGUCAGUCCAUUUGCGAACCCAUACGGGAGAAAAGAAAUUUCGUUGCGAUUUUUGUGUGAAAGGUUUUACGAAAAAGGCCUACUUGCUCUCACACAUCGAACAGCAUCAUGGUCUGAAUAAGGACAUUACAACAUAUGAACUGGCAAUGGAUGACGAUGAAGGCACCGAUGCCAUGGAAGAUUGCAGCAACGAUUUAGCUGAAAUGAAAAAUGUCAAAUUUGAUGAUUGCAUUUUUACGCCAGAAUUUGGGGGUGAAACUCACGAUAUUGUUCAACAAGAAGACGAUGGCGACGUUGAUGAGUCAUAUGAUGAGGAUGAUGGAAAUAAGAAAAUUAUUGUACAAAAGUCCCUCUUGCGUUCAAAAAUCGAAAGUAGUCAUCCGACAGAAACGGAUGUUCAGGAAGUUGAGAUUCACCUUGACGAAUAUACAAUUCGAGUACGUUAAUUGGGGAAAUUCCUAAUCGAUACUGUGCGCCGCAUUAAAAUUCUCUAUUUUGUAAAUAAAAAGUUUGUGAUAAGAAAAUAAAGGUAUAAAAAUUUCUAAUAA